UGGUUCAAGCCUUAGUUUUAUCCCAAUUCAGUGUUUCAGAUUGGCCAGGCUCAAUGGCACAGCCUCUCUCAUUGUCUCGCAUCACCCUCUACAAGAACAACCUUGCGUUUGCAGAGCGGCAAGGACUCUUGCAGGGACUAUCAGGCUGGGCAGACUUUGAAUUGCGGGUGCCGGAGUCCAGGCGCAAGUUGGUGGUGAACACCUUGUCUGCUUCGGCACCUGGUGGAGCAUCCAUCAUAUUUGGCAAAGCAAACGGCACUGGCGUUGUUCAGAAGAACGAGGCGUUCCCGUUCGAGCACAGCAGCAUGGGAGCUUUCCUGCAGUCCUGUCGCGGUGCGAAGAUUUCCGUCACCUUGCAUGAAAAGGGCCCGUCACGGACAGGCACACUGCUGAUGGUCGAGAAAGCGCGGCGAGUGCUCGAAGGCUCCAAAGAUCAGACGGAGGAGUACUUCUCCAUGCUGCAGCUCUUUGAGGAACACGGAUCCAUUCGAAAGAUCCCUUUCCGGGACGUGGCGGAGGUGUCUUUGGUCGAUCCGCUGAUGCAAGAGCAGCUGGGCAAGUGCCUGGAAGCCGCCCUGGCCAGCCAGAUGCCAAAGCCGUUGCCGCCGCCCAAAGACAGCCGAGAAGUGAUCUCAAUCCGCGCCAAAGCCUCGGAAUUGGCCCCGGACGAGUGUCGGGUGUCCUAUGUCGAUCGGUGUGAGGAGUGGAGGUGCAUGUACCGGCUGGAUUUACCGCGGGAGGACAUGGAUGUUGUUCUGGUCAAUGGGGUGGACUCGGUGAGUGCCGUGACCCUGCAUACGUUCGGCCACGUGCGCAACAGCACCGACGAUGACUGGAUUGAUGUCGAAUUGCACUUGGUGGCCAACGAGCUGUCCAUCUUGGCAGUAGGCACGGAGCCUGCUCGACAAGAGCUGGCCAAGAUUUUCAAGGAGGCGAAAGGCGGCGGAGGGAGCAUGCAAAUCUUCAUCAAGACGCUCACGGGAAAGACCGUGACACUGGAAGUGGACCCCGCAGACACGUUGGAAUGCAUCAAAUGCAAACUGCAGGACAAGGAAGGAAUACCUCCGGACCAGCAGCGCCUCAUUUUUGCCGGCAAGCAGUUGGAGGAUCGAUGGACCCUGGCAGAUUACAAUAUUCAAAAGGAGUCCACCCUCCACUUGGUGCUUCGACUGCGGGGGCACAACCUGCCAGGUGAGCCGGCGGGGGCCUCCCAUGGCCCCACCGAUGGCUUCGAGUCUCUGGAGAACCGGGCGACCAAGGGACUGGCCGAGCACGUGCUGUACCAGGCACCGGACAAGGUCACCAUCCGGUCCAAGGAGACCGCCAUCGUGCCGAUCCUACACCACGCCAUCCGGGGGGACCGGGUCUUGGUGUACGACCCCAAAGAGUCGGAGGUCUGCGUGAAGCGGGCCGUCCACCUGACCAACACCUCCGACCACGUGCUCGCCAACGGCAGCGUGAACAUCUUGGACGGCGGCCGCUUCGUGGCCCAGUGCCAAUUCACCCCCAUGAUCCCCGGGGAUGAUCAGCUCAUCGAGCUGGGCGAGGACACAACCCUCUCCGUGACGCGGGUCAAGCCGAGCCAUUUGCAGCAAGAUAAGGUCUUCCAAGUGCGGCUGGAGACGGAUGAGCAUGGCCAUCUCACCAAAUUCAUUUUGGACCACUGCAAUACCGUCGUCACCAACUACCUCAUCAAAAACAACGGCGCCAAAGCAGCCCCGUGUCUGUACAUCGAGCACACGGCGCGGACAGAUUGCGGUGGGUUUUCCAUCACCUCAGCUGCACACUGCGUGAAGCAGACAACAGGCUGGGCGCGCUUUUGCCUGGCAGUGGAUCCCGAAGCCGAGCUGGCGCUGGAGGUCUCCGAGGAGGCGAACUACGAGGAGAGCGUGCCACUCAACGCCGCGGGCAUCGGGAAGUUUCUGACCCGGGCCAAGGGCCUGCAGGAGCUGGGGGUGUUGAGCGAGAGCGCCGUGGCUGUACUGCACCGAAGCCUGGGGCGCUUGCGCCUGGGCGCCAUGCUGCGGGCCUUACUCGAGCCGAAGAACGUGUCCGAGGAGCAGCUGCUGAGCUGGGAGCAGAAGGCCUGCCCCUGGGCGGAAGACACGGACGUGUUAUCUCCGGCGACUGGCCGGCCAGACGAGCGGGAUCCACAGAACGUUGCGCCGGAGGUGAAGGAGAUCUUGCAGCAGAUCCGCGAGCUCCAGCAGAAGACGGCGGAGAGCAAAGAGAUCCAGCGGAAGCAGAGUGUGAGCAGCAGUCGGGUCAGUAAGAUCUUCGAGAACCAGACCCGGCUCCGCGAGAACAUCAAGUCAAUGGAGCAUGUGCGCACCGGAUCUCUGCUGGAGCGCUACAUGAAUGACAUGGACAAGGAGGAGAAUGACCUCAUAGAGACGCGCAAGAGGAUCGAAGAGUUUGAGGAGGUCUUGGCCAAAAUGACCACUGAGGUAUCCAAGCUUACUCUUCAAAUUGUCAUGAAGGCAAAGAGCCUUCAGAAAAAGGUGAAGUGCUGAAUGGGAAACUCCAGCCGAGCAUCAAUGAAGCAGUUUGCGAUUGGUUGGAAACAUAUGGAAUCAAGAUGUGCCGUCCGGCCUUGUACAGUUGCUGGGCUUCUGCCGACUUGGCAGAAGUGUUGUUGUGGGCGCGAAAAGUGCUUUGAGCUGAGAAGAACGCGAGUUAUCUGCAGUUUGU